AUGAAGCUCAUGGGGGCGGCUGCUGCUGCUGCGGUGGCGGCGGUCUGUUGUUUGGCGGAGUUGGGGAGCGCCCAGAGCUGCUGCUCCCAGGAUUCCGACUGCACGGAGUUGUUGUCGCCUGCUGACAUUGAGCACAACAGCAUUUUCAGUAAGACCGUCGAGUGCGACCAGGACUGCCCCGGAUUGAUCAACUGCAACAUGUUCGGGAUUUGCGAGCAGUGCCGCGGGUGCUUCGAAACUUGCGAGGGUGCGAUGCUGUUCAUGGAAAAAACCGGCUCGCCAGCGGAGUACAUCACGUUCUGUUCCGGCAUCGGCAUCGCCGACAUGGCCCAGUGCGAGGACGACGUGUACGGCAGCGGGGCCGGGUCCGGGUCCAUGUCCAGCGGGGGCUCCGCGUCCGGAUCCGGCAGCGGGGCCGGAGGGGGGUCCGAGAUGUCGCAAGGGGGCUCCGCAUACGGAUCUGGCAGCGGGGCAGGAGGCGGGUCGAUGUCGAGCACCGCCAGCGGUGCGGGCAGCGGUUCGGGUGGAAUUGCCGGCGACAGUGCGUCGGGCAGCGCGCUUGACAGCGCGUCGGAGGGGGUGACCGCCGAGUACGGCAGCGGCAACGGCAGCGGUGCGGGGAGCAUGUCGAGCAGCACGGGUAUUGCCAGCGGAAGCGCAGACGCCAGCGGUGCCGGGAGCACGUCGAGCAGCACCGCUACUGCCAGCGGAAGCGGGGACGCGAGCAGGGUGGCGGAAAUCGAAGGCUGCGACUGCGGCACGGCCGAGCUGGAACCGGCCUUCGCUGCCUACUUCUGCGAGAACGGAAAGUCCAUGUACUGCGACCUCGAGUGCGUGGACGGCUCGGACCCGGACGACGUCCUGUUCCCGUCGAUGGGCGGCCUUUGGUGCCAGCCAGAGGGCUGGGAGGGGUGCCGCAUGUGCAAGUUCGACUGCACGGACUACGAGGGCGAUUUCUGUGUCCCUUGCCCGUCCGGGUUGAAGAACUGGUGUUGAGAGAGGCACCGUUGAGCUUAACGCGGCCGCGAUGACGGCGGCGGCUGACCCUGAGCCAAAAUAUGGCUGGUAGCGGGCGUUUUGAGCAAGUGCGGUAGUGGCAGCGAGAGCAGAGCGAGGAGGUGGCAUAUGCCGCAGUGUUUGAUUUUGCGAGGAAACUACAUAGCCCGGCACGACCGCGAACUUGCGGUUUGUCGAAGAGCUGGCCUCCUCAUUUUUGGUUUUGUUCGACUCCAUCUGUUGCUUUGCGUCUGGGUUUGCAAUGCCGGGUUGGGGUGCCGUGGAUUCGACUGCUGUGUUUUGAUGCCAUUUCUCACCCAAUCGAAGAAGGCGGUGUGGCAGGGAGGGAGAGCGACAGUACGGUGUGGGGGUGGCACCACAAGCUGGUGUAGCCAGUGGGCGUGAGCUGUGAGGGCGAGCGAAGCACGCCGGCCAUGCUGGAUUCAAGAGACGAGAGGUCGCGAAGUUGCUCUUAUUUAUCUUGUGGCGGGGGCGCGUUCAAUGCUCUUACGUCCGUCGCCCGCCACGAGCUUGCCACGACAGAUGAAUAAGUGUGUUUUCUAAAAAGUCUUGUCGCGCUGCUGCUGUCUAAUUGUGCUCUCAGGUGUGUUGUGUCCCAGCGAACGGAAAGGAUUGAUUUGGGUGGGGCAUGGCUCGCUGUUGGGACCAUUGCUUGUUUUGCGUGAUGUUGUUGUGUUCGUGUUCCGUGGCAUUUCGAAGCCUUGCGCUCGCUGGUGCCAUGGCGUUCUCUUCGUUCCGCGGGAGGUACAACACACGUUCAUAAAUAGAUAAGAUAGCCAGGCAGCCAGGCAGGCAGCAGGGAGAUAUCUGAGGGCAGUAUGCUUACACAGGUUGAGAAUCGAUGUCGUUGCUCACUAAGAGCAGCACGGUGCGUGGGUGAAUGGAUGGCCGGCUAGAACGUUUCGAUCGAUCGGGUCGCACCGGCAGACUGUGGUGUAUGCGGCACCUGCGCUUUCAACUGAAGGUCUACGUUUUCGCUUUCGACGGUAUGCGGUAUGAAAACCGGGGUGACCUACAACAAGUAUCGAUUUGUUUCCACGGAUAACGUUGUUUUUGCGAAACAUGACAGUUUAUUAGUUUUGGGAAGUACAUUUUGAUUUCGGGGUAUUUGUCCGGUGUUCAAACUUUUAUUGUUCACGGGUUGUUUCUAUCUGGGCCGCGGGGGCACUGAGAGAGCAAACAAAAACUUCCAUGUUCAAAGGGAGAUGAUCUAGAAUCGUAUCCCAUGUGGCCGUUCCGCUGGAGAUCGGUUAGGGGGUAGGUGGGGGGGGUGGGGGUGCACGCUAUAUAGGGGCAGCACCUUGAUGGUUUGGAUUGUACGUUCUGUCGUUCGUUACUGCUCGGAGUACUAAAGUACGCCUGUUGUAUUUAGAUUUUCGCUCUUUUCUGGUUUUGAAGAGAGGCCGUUUGCAUACAAACCACAGGUUUGUCUACUUGUCCACGCCGCAACCCUUUCGGUGUUACUUUUGACAAUUGUCCUCCGUGAAAGUGGCAAUUUUUAUGUUACAAGGUACAUUCCAGCGGGAUGUUUUUGUUUUGUCAAGGCUCUCGCGUGAUUGCUACUUGUUACUGUGUGUUCGGUUGCCUUUUUUUUUUUUUCAUGUGUUUUUUCUGUUUUUGGUUAGGGCGAUUGAUGGGCGGGUGAAGUACACGAUGAUUGCGGUGCUGGUGUUGAGUGAUCUCUGUUCCCCUGCGUUGUGUUCGUCUUGUUUUGCUGUGUACACGUCCAUCCGUCGUGACGCCCAUGACCGCGUUUUGAUGGUACACGAGAUUUAAUCACAGCAGGGGGGGGUCGAUUUUACGUUUUGAUUGUCAGCGAGGAUCGUCACGUGCACUUGUAUUGUUUGAAUAUAUUUUUUUGUGCUUUCUUCUUCGUUCCACGGGCUGUGACUUUUGGAGCAGAACUAGUCCGUGCUUGCGCGGGUUCCUUUGCGAUGUGGAGCAGGCCGGCGCUCAUGCUUUUACUGCUACGUCUCGCAUACCGGUUCUUCUUUGCAUUUUUGCUGUUGAGUAAUGAUGCACGUCUAAUAUACCAACAAGCGUAUGCAUCCAACAUUAUGGUGAGGAGGAUUAAUUGGAACGUUUUUGGUGCCGC